AUGAAGUUCACUGCCGCUGUGGCUGCGUGUCUUUCCUUACUUUCGACAGCCUAUGCAGAUAGCAGAGUUGAUACAUCCUCGUCCAAAGUGCUUCUACCUUCCACAUUCAAGCCACCGCAGAUCUUCAAAAAUGCCAACCUCGUCCACAUUAUCUCGUUAGAGAAAAACUACGUCAAGGAAUCCAUAAACGUCCUAAUCGAAAACGUGUCCGAGGCGCCUCAGGAUGAAUACUUCUUACCCUUCACGAGCGAACAGAUGGAGAAGGUCGGAGGCUUCGAAGUCAAGGACAGGAAGAAUUCGGAGGUUGUAGGAUUUGGUAUUGAUGCGGUUGAAUUUGAUCCAUUAAGUGAUACCCAAUUCUACCGGAUCAAACUCCCUGCGCCUCUCGCACCCGGAAGCCAGCAAACCCUGGGCAUUUCCUUCUACUACUUAAAUGCCUUGAAAGCACUGCCUGGUUCAAUUGACCAAACAGACAAGCAAUAUCUGGUCCACACCUUCUCCGCCUACUGCCCCUCGGCAUAUUCCACGUUGAAGCAGAAAACCGAAGUCAAGUUGCCCUCUUCGGAAGCCCCUGAGUAUACUAAGAUCGCUGGAAACGAAGAAACAAAAGAAUUUCCGGUUAGACAAGGGUCAAAGCUCACCUACGGCCCCUUCCCUGAGGUUUCGGCUGGCGCAAGCUCGCCCGUCAAAGUACGAUACGAAUUUAACAAACCCGUUACCCACGUUUCGCAACUUGAGCGUGACAUUGAGGUUAGUCAUUGGGGAGGAAACAUUGCCUUCGAGGAACGAUAUACGCUUUUCCAUUACGGCGCAAACCUUUCAUCUCAAUUUAGUAGAGUCAAGUGGGCGCAAUCUCAGUAUUUCAGCCCGCAAACCUUCGCCUUGAAGGAGAUGAAGUUUGUUCUUGGGGCUGGAAGUAAGGAUGCAUAUUUCACUGAUGUUAUUGGCAACGUGUCAACAUCCCGCUUCCGUACGAGCAAGCGCGAAGCCGUUCUUGAGCUCAAACCUCGUUACCCAGUCUUUGGUGGCUGGAAAUACCCCUUCACAGUCGGUUGGAACGCAGAUUCCAACAACUACCUAAAGAAAUCCGGCGAUAAGUUCCUGCUGAACAUACCCCUCAUUGAGGGUCCUAAGCAAGCAGAGGGUGUUGAGUACGAACAUGUGGAUGUUCGCGUUAUCUUACCUGAGGGUGCCGAGAACGUCGAAUUCUACACUUCGGCGCCCGGCUCAUCCAUCACUGAGCACAGUAUCGACAUUGUCAGGACGUAUCUGGACACGGUUGGCCGGACUGUUCUCACGAUCAAGGCGCGGAACUUGGUGGACGAGCUGCGUGACCGUGAACUAAUUGUAUCAUAUGAGUACUCUACAGUCGCCGCUCUUCGCAAACCGUUCGUUAUUUUCUCGAGUACUAUGGCGGUAUUUGUGGGCAUCUGGCUGCUCUCGAAGCUCGAUGUAAGCUUCUCGACGAAACGAUGAUGUUAAUUUCGUUAUCAAUGAGCAGCGAAGAUCUUCAGAUGCAUUUUGUAGGAAUAUAAAAAAGGGACACUAAACCCGGAGGCCUUAGAUGUAAAGUAAGGCCUAGAUAAAUAAAGAUCGCUGAGCGAAAUUAUCAACCACAGUAAUGAUACCGACGCCUUGAUCUCGCUCAUCGGUCAAGUUAGGUUGCAGACCUAGUGAUCGUGGUGGAAGAUUACUCCUCCUCAGUUACUAUUUCUCACAUAGAACUCGCAAGUUAUAUCUUGCUAAAGAUAAUUCUGAUCAUUUUGUUA